AUGCUUAAUCAAUCGUGCGACUAUUCUCCUUACAAUGAUACCGAAGAAGAUAUUCCACAUCGAGAACUCUACAUUAAACAAUUAGAUUAUCUAGCUGACAGAUUUAAUUUAUUAAUCGAACGUCAAUUACACAGUAUUUUAAAACAAAACCUGAUUGAUGACAUAAGAAAUAAUUUAUUAUUAUUAAUUCAUGAUAACUAUAUAACAACAGAACAAUUCCGUGAUUUUAAUCAAACAUUUAACUUCUUAAAUAAAAAAUGUAAACUAUUCUUAAAUAAAAAUCAAUCUAUUAAGCAAACAAAACAGUUUCUAUUACAAUCAUCGAUAUUAUCCGGAAAUAAAUUUUUCGAAUUAUUAAUACAAGAUGAUGAAAGUAUUUAUAUCCUUGAUAAAAAUUUAAAUAUAAUUAAAUAUAUUGAAUGGAAAUUAAAUUCAUUAUCAAAAAUAGUUAAUAGUUGUUGGUCGACAACAUUAAAUUCUUUCCUUAUUCUAACAUCGUCAAAUUUAUAUACAAUUAAUAAAGAUACAUAUGAAUUACAUGAUAUUGGUAAACAAGAUUCUUAUUGUGCUUGUACUUGUAAUCAAUCAUAUUUAUAUUUAACAACAGGAAAAUUAAUUGAAAUAUAUAACAUAUUUGAUUUAAAAUAUAUUUCUUCUUGGGAAAUACAUGAAGAUAAUGAAAUAAUCGAAAAAUUACAUUGUUUAUAUGAUGAAGAAAUAAUUGCUGUUUUAACAUAUGAAAUAAAUCUUCAUACUGGACAAAAAGAAAAAGUUAUUUAUUUUUUUCAUUCACAAACUAUGCAAUAUUUACAUUAUUUAUCAAUAUCAUCGAUUCAAUUUGAAUGUUUAUGGAUAUUUAUUGGAUAUUCAAUAUUUAAUAAAUGGAAUAUUAUAAGAUUUUAUUUUAUAAAUAAUCGUAUUGAACGCAGUCUUGGUAUGGAUUUAAAUGGAGAUGGAUACGUUGGAGGACAAGGUUUUAUGAGUCGAGUGGAGAGAGCUACUCAUAUUGAUUUCAAUGGUGAUAACAUGAUCGGUCGUCGACCUGAUAUGAUGUAUGGUGGUUAUGGUUAUGGAUCACCUUAUGGUUACGGUGGUGGUUACGGUGGUGGUUACGGUGGUGGUUUUCCUGGACAGUCUCCGUAUGGUUAUGGCGCACCUGGACAAUAUAGUUAUUACUAA